AAAUUAAUUAAUCUUAAUAAUACAAAAUUAGAAUUAAUUGAUUUAUUUUGGGCCUCACCAGCUUUAUCCAUAACAGUACAAUUUUUGUAAGAGAGAGAAAAUAAUCACAUGAAGAAUUAUGGGUAUUGGGUUCCUUCCAUUGACAUGUGACAUCAGCAGCUUCUUCUCAGACCAGACUGAAGAAGAAGAUGAAACCCUAAAUUCCUUCAUAUAUUCUUCACAGUCAAACCAUCUUCUUUCUUACUUACUUCCAGUCACAUUAUUACAGUAUAGAGAGAGAAGAUGUUGGAGGGAAAGGGUUUGAUAGAGGAUACAGACAUGCCGGAGAAGAUGCAGAUGCAAGUCAUGGCAGCAGCUUCACAAGGUUUGGAUCUAUACGAUGUGGUUGACUGUAAAUCCAUAGCUGCCCACAUCAAAAAGGAACUGGACAUGAGAUAUGGAGGAGGAUGGCAAUGUGUGGUGGGAUCAAACUUUGGCUGCUUCUUUACUCAUACAAAAGGAACUUUCAUCUACUUCACUAUCCAGACUCUCAACUUUCUCAUCUUCAAAGGUGCUUCAAACUAGAGGAACCCAAAUUGCUGAUUCUGUAUAUAGUCUAUUGGUAGAUCUUCAUUUGUAAUGUGUUUGACAUUGUCCUUGUCUUGAAA